AAUCCGCGUGCAGUCUCCAUGGAAACGCUAAACUAUAGGCACCCGGAAGAGAAGAACAGCGACGCCUUCCAAAGAAAGUAUAUAUAAAACUCUAAAAAUACUUCACCUUCUCGUCCAAAUUUAGCGAAUAAUACAGAUGGAGGUUCUUGCGUCCGUGCAUGAUCUCCAGGCGCUGUCCGCCCUGCUCUCCCCAAACGAUGAAGAUGAGGAAGAAGAUCUCCAGAAAGUGAAGCCCGUAGCUAAGAUGGGCCCGGGACAUAUCGGCUCUCCUGCUGCUCCUUCGGGGAAAAAACACAACGAAGGUAGCACUGCCUAUGUGAAGAAGAACAGCAAAGGCAUCUGGGAUGAGGAUGAAGUGACUGAGGGGGCGCAUUUUGAUGACCUCGCCGAUCCACGGCCACAGCCAGAGUACGAGAUUGUGCUGAAACAGUCUGUUGGGACUGAAGAUUUGUUUCUUGGCUUGAGUGGAAAGGACCCUUCAUCCAUGUGUUGUGACAGCAUGCUGGUAAGAGUUAAACUGCCAGAUACAAGAGCAUCUGAUUUGGUGCUGGAUGUGAGGGAGACGUUUCUUGACCUCAGAACUCCAAAGUAUAAAUUGGGCCUUCACCUGCCUCACCCAGUCCACAAACAUGAGGGGAAUGCCAGAUUCAUCAUGGAGAGAGAAGAACUGGAGAUCACACUGCCCAUGAACAGACCAAUGGACUGCAUCAACCUGACCUGAGAGAGACAGAGAGAGCGAAUUGACCAUGGGAAUAGACACUUCAGAAUAUGCAGUGUUGACAACAUCAAGUUCUACAGCCUUUCAUUGACAGUCUUGGAUCCAACCUGGAAACAUGAUCAAUGAAUUAAUACACAUAUCAAGUUUUUUAGCUCUAAAACCAGGAAAUAAACAUUUGGUUCAAAUGUUUCCAAAUCAGCAGCUUAGAUAAAGUGGAAAGGAACAGGUGCCUGCAUGUGUAAGAAUUCCCUUCUUAUGUUGCUGUCCUGUUAUUCUGUAUUAUAAAAUGUAUUCCUCUUGUAAUUUUCAGCAUUAUAAAAUGGUGAAUCCUUUUAA